AUGUAUUGGGUUCCCGUAUACCUGAAAAAUACAUUUUGGGCUGGGAUGAGCACAACUCAGAGGAGUGAGAGCAUGAAUGCCUUUUUUGAUGGAUAUGUACAUUCAGGGACUACGUUGAAAGAAUUCGUUGAUCAAUUCGAUAAUGCACUGAGGAAGAAAGUAGAGAAUGAGAUGGCAGCGGAUUUCCACUCAUUCAAUUGCACAGUCCCUUGUAUAUCUCAUUUACCCGUAGAGAAAAAAUUCCAAGCUGUGUACACGAAUUCUAAAUUUAAAGAAGUGCAGUCAGAAGUAAUGGAGAUUAUCUACUCUCAUUGUGUUGUCAUAAAAACAGAAGGGGCAAUUACCACGUAUCAAGUUAAUGACCAAAGGGUAGUUGAAGACGGCAUCGAGAAGUCAACUUUGCAGGCGUACUUCAAUGAAGAUGAGUGUGAGGCGAAGUGCAUGUGUGGACUAUUUGAGAUGAGAUGGAUUAUAUGUAGGCACAUUCUUUCAAUUUUUGCCGCAAGGGAUGUCCAAGUGUUACCGGAAAAGUACAUUAUGGAGAGGUGGAAGAAGGACAUUAAACGUAGAUAUGGUCUCAUUCGAAGCAGUUACGAUGACUUGAGUGGUAAACCAGCUGCUAGUCGAUACUCUGGUUUGAUAAAAUUAUGUUACCAAGUAGCCACAAAUGCAUGUGAAAACGAAGAUAAUUCUCUGGACAUGACACAGAAGUUGAAGGCAAUGAAUGACAUUUACACUAAAUCGAAGCCCUAG